CCCGAGUCACUGAGACAUAUGCAAGCUACCUCACCACAUCAAGGAAUGGACCAUGAGAUAGAAUCAGGAUAUAACACCUUGAUCUGAGUAAUGAUAGUAAAAGUCGAUUUUUCGAUAAAAUGGUGUUUAUAGUUUUUUUGCGCCUGAACUCUUCAUAUUUUCUUACCGAUGUGUAUUUUGUUGCUUUGCAGAUACCGUAAAGUUGUUGGAGAUAGUUGCCAGGGUGGAGUUGAACACCAGUAUAUGCCUUUGAUGUACUCAUGUCCAGUUGAAGAGAGACGGGAUUUCAUUCUCUUUGCAACAAGCAUCUCGAUUUCCAGCGUCGACCUCAACAAUAACCAUUACGAAAUGCUCAUCUCCGAGGGCCUGCAUAAAGUGACAUACCUAGACUUUGACUAUACGGACAACUGUGUAUACUGGGCAGACCGUGAAUUGAGCGUCAUCAAGCGCCAGUGUUUUGGUGGACAUGGACACAACCAGGAGACGAUCUUGAGUUUGAACCUUGACACGGUGGAGGGACUUGCGUACGAGUGGACGGCCGGACAGAUCUACUGGAUUGACUCGGAGGCUCACAGCAUCAAGGUGGCCCGCAAAAACGGUUUAUUCCGACGUGUCCUGUACCACGGUGAAGACAUUCUGCACCACCCGCGGUCUCUCGUGCUUGAUCCACUACAUGGAUAUCUCUACUGGGCGGACUGGUCUUCAACGAAUCCCCGCAUAGUCCGGGCGUGGAUGGACGGAACGAAGUCAUCCAUUCACACGGUGGUUAACAGCUCCGUGGUUCAUUCACCAAGCGCGCUCGCUAUCGACAUUUCCGCAGAGCGACUGUAUUGGACGGAUGCUGGAACCCACAAAAUCAUGUCGUCCGAUAUGGAUGGAAAGAACCAGCGGGUCUUGGUGUCAGGGUGGAGCCAUCUGCCAAACCCCUUUGCUAUUGGACUAUAUAAGUUGAAUAUGUAUUGGUCAGAUCAGUCACGGAACGGCAUCAUGAUGGCGGCAAAAAAUUCCGGGAUGGGUGUUCAUGUUUUCCUACACGAACAGGACGGAAUUACUGAUCUGAAGAUAAUAUCGAACACACUUCAACGAGUCCACAGUGCCUGUAGCCGUGGUAAUCAUGUCUGCAGUCAACUGUGUCUGCCGAAGCCACACCCAUCAGUUCAUGGUCAGCCGAACAGGACGUGCAAGUGUGCCGACAAUGUGCCGUCCCGUAUUCUACAGCAGUCAGGUGAUGAACAGUGUCUGUGUAAGUCGAGCCAGGAAACCAUGGACGAAAAUGGCAACUGUGUACUGACCAAUGGUACUACAUGUGCUCCAGGUCAGUUUCUGUGCAGUAACCAUUCCCACGGUAACCACUCGCGUUGCAUCCCGUCCACGUGGAAGUGUGACCAUGACAACGACUGCAUCGACGGGAGCGACGAGGUCGACUGUCCAUAUUCAACAUGUCCACCCAACAACAUGGCUUGUAGUGAUGGCCGCUGUAUUCCUCUGCGCUGGAAGUGUGACACGGACUUUGACUGCCCCGACGGUUCGGACGAACAUGACUGUGACUACCCAACGUGUAAUAACGACCAGUUCCAGUGUCACAAUCACCGGUGUAUUUCAAAGAUGUGGGUGUGCGACUUCGAAAACGACUGUCACGAUGGGUCUGACGAACUCAACUGUACUCACUCAUCGUGUAGAUCGUGGGAGCACCGAUGCGGGAGUGGCGACUGUAUCGGCACGGCUGAGCUGUGUAACGGACAGAACGACUGCGAGGAUGGGUCGGACGAGGUCAACUGCACGCAAUCCGUCUCGUGUUCGCCGUGGAGAUUCCGAUGUCACAACAGCUCCAUGUGCAUUCAGCGCACGUGGCUGUGCGACGGAGAAUUUGACUGCGAUGACCACAGCGACGAAAUUGACUGUCAUACUAAUGCGACGAUUAUAUCAACAACCACCAGUUUUCCUGGGUCGUGUUCGAGUUCACAGUUCACCUGCAACAACGGCUUCUGUGUGUGGUGGUCAUCCCGAUGUGACGGCUACAACGACUGUGGAGACAAUUCUGAUGAAACUUACUGUGGAUAUACAACCACAUCACCCAUGCCGACCACAUCGAGGAAGUAUCAAACCACCACAUCGUGCCCGUAUCAGAUGUUUCAAUGCAGUAACGGCCAGUGUAUUUCCGAGUAUCGCCGGUGUGACAGCUCGGCAGACUGUUCUGAUAACUCUGAUGAACAGAACUGCGGCUCCAGCUGUGGUCCUGACCGGUUUCAGUGCAAUGUGGUUACCGGCGGCUACAGCUGUAUCUGGCUGUCCUACGUGUGUGAUGGGGAACCCGACUGCCCUAACGGCGAUGAUGAACAUUAUUGCAACACAACGGUAGUAACCUGCAGUCCUCAAGAGUUCCGCUGUGUGUACAGUGGCGGCUGCAUCCCGAAGUAUCAUUACUGUAAUGGCUUCCCUGACUGUGACGACAGCUCUGAUGAAUGGGACUGCAGUGUCAACACCACAACAGUUUCUCCUCCCAUCUCCGACUGCCGUAACGAAGCGCACAGUUUCCGGUGCUCAAACUACGAACAGUGUGUGCCCUGGCUGUUUGUGUGUGACAGUCACAGUGACUGUGACGAUGAUAGUGACGAGAUGCUAUACGAAUGUUCUAAAAAAGUGGAUCUCAGUGUGACAGUGCCGAGUGUAACAGACAGAACAAUUUCUUUAAGUUGGGAUAAAUAUUCCGGAAUCAACGUCAAAUACAUGGUGUCGUAUAUAGAGGUCAACAAUCAUGCGUUCUACUCGAACACUACUCUGAAGACAGGCACAACUGCUAAACUGCAUUCCCUUCAUCCACUGACGAAGUACGCAAUCGGCGUGUAUGUGGUGCUGGGCAAUCGCUAUAUGCACGGCAGUGUGUUGAGAAUAAACACACUACAGUCAGUGCCGUCUGUUCCACGCAUUUUCCAUGCACAAAUGAUUACCGUUCCAGAACUGAAAAUAGCUCUUGAGUGGGAACGACCUGAGCAAACCUAUGGCAAAAUUACUGCCUAUCUGAUUCACUUGAAGGACACACAGUCGAAUGCUGAAAAUGAGAUAACGUGCGACAGUAGCCAUUGCCAUGGGAGUACCAUUCACUUUGAUCUGACAGAGGAAUAUCUCAGUUAUAACAAGACAUACACAAUAUGGGUAUCGGCUGUGAAUGAUGCGGGGGAGGGGGACAGAACAGCUCAUAAAACUGUGACCUUCUCGGACAACACAUCUCAGGAAAUGGUGGGAAAUAUUGAUGUGAAAAAUGACGUGUCAUCCAUAUUGUUGUCAUGGAAACCUGUGACCGGCGCCACCAGUUACAGUGUCAAUAUGCAGUACCAGUCGAUGAGAGAAAAACAGUUCAGCACCACCAAACCGAGCAUCAACAUACCCAAACUUUGUCCUGGAAAUUAUUAUAAUUUCCGAGUUGUUCCCGUCUUUAAAACUGGACUGGGAAAUCCAUCGAAGGUUCUCCAUACUCGUACAAAAGGUGUGAAAGUUGGCCCUGUGACUGGUGUGACUGCCACCGAAACGGACAACACAGAGGUUAUGGUGACCUUCAACAGCACUGGUACAAAACCAUCUGAAUACAUUGUGUAUUACCAUGAGCAUUCUGAGCUCCCCGGGGAGCAGGUGAUAACCGCGGCGAAGAAGGUGAAGACCAACUCAACGUUUGUCACAAUCCGCGGACUGCUGUCGUGUGAGAGAUACUUCUUCCGGGUGGCCGCGUAUUCCCCGUACUGCCCACUGUCCUAUCCCGUUACCCUAGAAACAAGUGAAGAUCCUAAAGCAGCACCGAAACACAUCAAGUUCCAUCUGCUGGACGACCUAACCUCCGGGACUCUCUCCUGGGACCCUCCUUGCGACCACGAGGCACUGCAUGUGGACUACGUGAUUAAGACGUUGGAGGUGGGAUCACAGAAAGGGCCGUACAUGCAGCGAGUUCCGAAAACCAGCGACAAAGGGCGUCAGAGUUACAAACUCACCCAUCUGACCCGUGGAGCUUCGUACAGCGUGGCCAUCAGAACGUGGAUCAAGUUUUCCAGAUAUUCCUCAAACCUGACCAUACCGAUACCCCCUUACCCCGAGCCACUGAACCUCGAUAUGUUCCCAUAUAAUGACAAGAUGCUGCUGCAGUGGGAACCAAACCCGAAGGACCAGCCGCCUAAAAACUUAUUCCACGGUUACAUGGUGUACGUGUCCGGAAGUAAGAAAUUGUCCAACGGCAACGACUCAUUCACAAAGCAGACGAACAACACGAAGAUUCUUCUUGAUAUUCCAUUCGGAUACGACUAUACGGUCGCCGUAUGCUACAACGCGAUCAACGGAUACUACGGAAAGAACGCAACGGAAGAGUUUCCAUAUUUCUACGUCAAUCCUGACGAGCCGAGCCCAGCGAGUGGGAAGGCAGGAAGCACGAAGAUCAUCGCCAUCGUCGUCCCGAUCUGUGUGAUCGUUGUCAUUCUCGCCAUCGUCCUUGGCGUCAUCAUCAUACGACAUCGCCGACUGCAGCGCAGCUUCCUCGCGUUCGCCAACAGCCACUACGACACGCGGUCGGGAAUGACCACGUUCGGAUCAGGAGACGGUUUAGAUGAUGAAGACACUCCCAUGAUCCAAGGUUUCUCGGAUGAUGAACCUUUAAUAACAGCCUAACAUUUGACAAACGCUCCAACAGAGCUGUUCAUGUACUGGGUCAACACUAGAGAGCAGCUUAUUGGGUAUUCGAAUCGGGACUCCAUUAAUGUUUUAUGGACAUCAGAAAACUCCUGAAAGCAUCAUGAUGGACAUCGUAAGUCCUGAAUAUGGGACUUAUGAAUAAUAAUGUUAUUGAGGACAGUUAAAAAAAACAAAAAAAUCAGCUUUGUUGAUACCACAGACCCCUAAAUAAUAGCUUAAUGAGUAUCUGGAACCCCUAAAAGCAGCUUAAUCUUUAUGAAUAUUACAAACGUCUAAAAACAGUUUUAUGAUCACCAUAAGCCCUUUAACAAUAGCUUAAUGGAUAUGUGAAACAUCUUAAAAACAACAUAAGCCCCUAAAAGUAUAAUGAAUAUCAGAACCCAUAAAAACAUCUUUGUAGACACCAUAAGCCCCUAAAUAUAUAAUGAACAUCAAAAACCCCAUGGUGAGAGUUUAGUGAUAAUCAGAAACACUAAAUAACAGCUUCUUGUGCAUGAGAAGACAUCUCUGACUGCGUCCUAGCAGAUGAAAUCUCAUUUUAUUAUGACAUUGUUUUUUAUUAUUAUUUGUGUUUUGUAUAUAUAGCAAUAUACUAAAUUGUGAUACGUGUUGUAGAGAAUAAUAUCAAGAGCCAUUAAUUUGUUAUGCGAGCUACUCUGUCAAAAGAUUACGGUCAGAUUGUUAAUGUGGCAUAUACCGUACGUGUAAUGUUGUACUCGAUUGACGAAAUCAUUCCAUCUGUAGGUUAAUCUGAUUGGCCAGUCAUUUGGCCGGGGUUUUUUUUUUUCUUUUGUUUGACACUUAUGAAUGAUGAAAUAUCCAAUUAGCCAGACAUUUUGCUUUUUUUUGUGUGUUAAUGAUAAAUGAUUUAUUGUUAUCCAUUUAAUCAUUUAUUUGGCUUUUUCUUGUGUAACUCAUGAAUAAUGAUUUAUCCAUUUAGCUAGUUAUUUGACUUUCUUGUGUAACUCAUGUACAAUGAAUUAUCCAUAUAACCAGUUAUUUGGCUUUUUGUGUACCGUAUUUUCCCAUGUAUUAUGCGCACCAAUGUAUAAUGCGCACCCCCCACUUUGAACAUUUAUUCCAAGAAAAAACCCAUGAACCACAAUAUAAUGCGCACCGUUUUUUUUUAAUCCACAAAAUCAACCGCGAAUGUAAGAUGUACCAUUUUCCACCUGUCACCAAAAUUAACUAAAAGCGAAAUUAGCAGUAUAUUAAAGAAACAAAACUUAAGUUAGGUACUUGCGUACACAGACCUACAUAUCACACAAAAUGUAAGAUGUACCAUUUUCCACCUGUCACCAAAAUUAACUAAAAGCGAAAGCAGCAGUAUAUUCAAGAAACAAAACUUAAGUUAGGUACUUGCGUACAUAGACCUACAUGUCAUAUUAAACAUAGGCUAGUACUUGCGUACUUACAUGUCACACAUGCAUAAAUCAAGACAAAAGUAUAUACCCAUACACUCUAAAUGACUAAUAAAUAAAUGAAAACAAAAAAAAAAGCGAUUUUUAAGGGUGUUUUGGCGUUUCAUUGUAAUGAACACUGUCAAUAACCUGUAAACUGAUUGCUGGACAUUUUAAAAAGAUUUAGUUUUUUCUGUUGUUAUGUAUAAUGCGCACCCCCAUUUUUAACCUGUAUUUUUGGUGAAAAAAGUGUGCAUUAUACAUGGGGAAAAUACGGUAACUCAUGUAUAAUGAAUUAUGCAAUUAAUCAGAAAUUUAGCUUCUUUUUGUCUCACUUACAAAUAAUGAUUUAUUUGAUUAACCAGUUAAUUGUUUUACGGUUAUCAGAAUUUUUUAUUUUCUCGUUAGAACCAGAAUGAAUUAAUUUGAAACCCAGAAUAUGUAAAGCAUGGAUUUUUUUGGUGGGUGUUAAGAAAAUAUUGUUCAUUAGACACCUAAUGUAAAUUUUGGUGGGUGUAAAGAAUAUAUUGUUCAUUAGACGUCUAAUGUAAAUGUUGAUGGGUGUAAAGAAAAUAUUGUUCACUAGAAGUUUAAUGUAAAUGUUCAAUCUUUCUGUGACUGGAAAGUAUGUCUUUAAAGCAGCUAAAACAAAUCCAUCCAUUUUGGUAUUUUUGUGUGUGUGUGUGUGUGCGAUUGUAAUGUCCGACUUUCUUUGACAUUCAUUGUUUUAUUUGUAGUUAGCAGUCUCAAAUUUACAUGCAGCAUUUUUUAGCUUAUUUAUAUUACACAGAUUUUGAAUAUUGUUUUAGUUAUCAAAUACAUACAUGUAUGUGUAUGUGUGUGUGUACAUGUUGUAUAUAUCACAGAUGUCAACCUUUACUGAUCAACACCUGCAAGACUGGACAAAAAUCCAUAAGAAAUCCAUAAGCAAGGUGCAAAAGGACGGGGAACUGAUUAUUUUAAAUUCAAGACAACAUGAAAAUGAAAAUCGAGACUAUUAACAAGUACAAUUUUGAUUAGUGCACAUAUAUCCGCUAGGUGGCACCUCUCGUCCAAAAUAAAUACGACAAAAUGGCCGUUUCCCGAUUCACGAAAGGACAACGAAAAUCACGAAGGAUGGCUUACUUAGAUGAUAACGAGUCAUGUAAAAAUAAUAAUGAAACAAAAUAAAACCUGAAAAUGCGUGUUACCCAUAAGGAAUUUGUCCUACGCCCGUAACACUGUCAAAUGCUAAAAAAUCUGUAAGUCUUACGGGUGAUCCGUAAGAGUUGACAUGUAUGGCAUAUAUUUGUAUGUAUGUAUGUGUGUGUGUGUAUAUAUAUAUAGAGAGAGAGACACACACACACACAGAUACAUCAGGGCCAUAGCUAGGAUUUUUUGUUUGG